AUGAGAUACAUCCACUCCCAAGAGAGCCUGACGGUUCCCGAGAAUGUCAAGGUUCACAUCAAGUCCCGCAUCGUCACCGUUGAGGGCCCCCGUGGCAAGCUCGUGAAGGACCUGUCCCACUUGGCUGUCAACUUCUCCCAGCCGGUCAAGGGCACCAUCAACAUUGAGAUCCACCACGGCUCAAGAAAGAACGUUGCCACUCUCCGCACCGUCCGCACCCUCAUCAACAACCUGAUCGUCGGUGUCACCAAGGGCUUCAAGUACAAGAUGCGCUACGUCUACGCCCAUUUCCCCAUCAACGUCAACCUGGAGAAGGACUCCGAGACUGGUCUGUGGGAGGUCGAGAUCCGCAACUUCAUUGGCGAGAAGCUCGUCCGCAAGGUCAUCAUGCGCGAGGGCGUUGACGUCGAGGUCUCCAAGGCCCAGAAGGACGAGCUCGUCCUCUUCGGCAACUCCCUCGAGGCUGUCUCCCAGUCCGCUGCCGAUAUCCAGCAGAUCUGCAAGGUCCGCAACAAGGAUAUCCGUAAGUUCUUGGACGGCAUGUACGUCUCCGAGAAGGGCAACAUUGAGGAGGAGGCUUAA